UUGUCGUCGACUCCAUUGGCCUUUUACGAUACUCUACUGUCCUCCUUCGGCGCUGUCGUUUUCACGCAGGCUGAUAAGAAGUUUUCGACGAGCGUGGCCAUUGUCAUUUCAUCUGCGUUCACCCUGUUCAUGGGUAUGCUAAAGCACUUCCACCAGUUUCAGCGUGAGUGCUCUGAUGCGGAGAAAGUCCACGGGGUCUUUGAGACUGUCGAGAAGCCAGUUGAGAAUGCUUUAGGGGCUGCGAAAAGUGCAGCGAAGGCCACCAAAGAUGCUGCGGUUGCAGCCGAAGACAAUCUGAAGGCUGCUAGAGACGGCUUCUGGAUCAACUAA